AUAUAAUUCAACAUGGCUACUUGUCAAGCAAAAUAAAUCAAAUAUAAACUCUUUGCAAAACCUGGUUAAAAUAACUUGAAUAUUGUAUUUGCACAGAUACAAAUCUCCCUGUUGUCUCUCUAUAUUGUUUUAUGGCGUCGAAUAAAGGUAUGUGAAAAAGUCGAUCGUAAAAUUUAGUUUAUUCAUGCAGUACUUUCGUGAAGUUUAUAAACAAGAAAUUAUAUUUCGGCCUAUUAACUCAUAAAUAAUGUACUGCGAUGUAUCUUUAUUUAUAUAGGAUUAAACUCAGUUCUAAACUGUUCUCCCUAGAGGUUUAGUAAAAGUCAUCUUUCGUUUAUCCAGGAUUACUACAGGAAGAGUGUUCAAGAGCCUAUAAAACUAUUAAAUCCCUUACUGUCCCAUUGUUGAUUAAUCAAUACUACAGGAUGAAGCCUAAAUAACAUUAAAGGCUGGUUUUCAUUAGUCGGCGACACUUGCCAAUGUUGAUUACUGUUUAACGCCGUCUAUCGUAAUUCAUCUGCAACUGUUGCAAGAAAUAAUGGAAACAAGUUAGCAAUAAUGUACAAAUCAUGCGGUCAUUUCUAGGAGACGCGGGCGGGGGACGGGGAACUAAAGUCUAAUUUGGAGUGGCCUAAGUUUUAGUUUGCAGAAAACACCACAUAUAUUUAUUAUUGCAAAUUAGCUUUAGAUCUGUAAUCGAGAUUCAAAAGCUUUCCAAUAAUAAAUCUACACUAUGUGGUGUUCUCCACAAGCCACUUAAAACUUAUGUACGAGUCAAAUCCAACCGCGAUCAGGGCCCCCCCCCCGGUCAACCCCCGGGGAAUUUGACUUUCGAUAAAAUAAUUGGUCAAAUGCCCGCCCGAACAGCAGAAACCACAGUCAAAUGCCCUGCUAUUGGGGUAGUCCUGGUUCUGGAAUUUUGGCCAAAAUUAAAUUGAACAAGUAUUUCAGGAUUAAAAAGAAUGAAAAAUAGGCCAGACAGUUCUUCUUUUUGUUCAACUGGGCAUAUUGUAUCAUAUAUCUGAUUGAUAUUUGUGAUUCAGAAGCAAUUUUUAAACUAUUGAAAAGACGCAAAAUAGAAAACUUGUGAAGCGCUAGAAUGUACACAUAUUUUUAGGGAAAACUGCUGAGCAAGUUGUUGUCAAGUGGUCAAAUGCCUGGCCGGGCCGUCAAAUUCCCGACCGGGCCGUCAAAUUCCUGUCUAUACGGGGAUAAUGUUAAGUCAAAUGCCCUGGGGUUGCCGGGGGGGGCUGAUCGCGGUUGGAUUUGACUCGUACAUUACAGUAUAUCAUACUAUUGCCAUGCAAAACUACAAUAUUUAAUUAAACUGGAUUUAUUUAAUUUAAUAAAACUGGCCGCUAGCUGCAUGGGUAGCUUUAUUAAACGGCAAUAAUAUUAUAAGUUUAGAUUUACGUAGUUAUAACAUAUAAUUAGUAAUAUAAAACUUGUGCUAUGCAUGGAUAAGCAUACUUCGGCCUAAUUGCCACAAUUUAUAAUUAGUUAAACAAAUUUUUAUGUUACACAAACAAGCAUGUGUUUUUAUUUCAAUACAUAUAGAAGAUAACUCACCAGAAAAUUUAAGACAGGAUUUGAAGCAAUUAAGUUUUGAUGGUGGCAUAAGCAGACGAAAAGUUGAAGACAAGAACAAGCCUCCAGUAUCCCAUUCUGUAAAUAUGUGAGUAGUUUAUCAGUAGUGAUUGCCCGAUUGUGCAACAAUCAGAAAUUACCGAUCACCGAUUAUUCAUACACAAUCCACCCGAUACCGAUGCCAAUUUUAUAAUGAUGUCAUAAUACCAGUUGACUGAAUAUUUUGAAAUCAAUUGCUUCAAUAUAAUAAGGCCUAAAAAAAUACCUGUGAUUCCGGUUUCACGACCGACCCUAUUUUUUCUGCUGACCCUAUUAUUUUUUCAACAUAAUUGACCGUGCGACCCUAUUUUCUCCGGGUGGUUGCGGGCUGCUCAUACACUGUACCAAAAUGGCCUCUGUUGUCACACUAAUUAUUGAACCAAAUUGCCUAAAUUCGUCCGUAGGAAAUGCACAUCUCCAGUGAACAUUGAUGUUGGGACUGUACUGAAAAUUGCUCGGCAAAAAACCCUGUCAAAACCAUGAAAAAAAUAUUUAAAAAAAAUUUAUUUCUGACCUACCUACCCUAAUUUUUUCACGAUAUGAAAUUGGAACCACAAGUAUUUUUUUAGGCCUAUUAAGUAGUAUUCACAACUCAAAUAUGGAAUACCAGAGUUUUCUUCAAGUCAGGUACGACUAGAAAUCUUGAAUGAUCGCACCCUGAGGGGGGUGCACCCCACCUGUAAAUCCGGCCCAUCUCAUCACUAUUUUGACAUGUGAAAUGUAAAGUUAUCCAAUCACAACAUUGGUUGCGAAACUUGGAAACGACUUUCUACAGUGAGGUGGGGUAACGCUUGAAUACAAAUGGUAAUAAAAAGUGUAUAUUAAAUACUUGGAUUUUUAGGUCAGAACUAAUGUUUUGUUGCUAUUGAAUGUAAUAUUUUUUUUCUUUCAAGACAAAGAAUAAAAGAUCACAAAGCUGUUGGUAAAUUGAGAUUUGGACCAAAUGAGGUUAAUAAUGAACAUUCAUUUGAUUGAUUGUUGUGUAUACAUUAACCCAUUGAGUGGCAACACUCUUCUCCUGAUGAGUGAAUUCAUCUGGCAUUAGACAGAGUAAAGUAAUAAAGUGGGGUGCACCUGGGCACAUUGCCACUUAAAGGGUUAACUUUAAAGUUGAAGGAAUUAGAGAGGUGUUAGUAAUUUAACCCAUUAAGCUGCCCUGAUGCAACCUACUAAUAUUUUAUUAUUUUACUCUAUCUAAGGACAGACCAUUUUACUCUUAAGUGAAGAGUGCUGCUGCUCAAUAUAUAGGUUAACCAAACAAUCUGAAAAUGUGUCUUGUUACAAUAACUCAUUUAGCUGCAUUGCACCCUGAUGGUCCCAGUACUUUAUUAUGUUACACUGUCUAACACCAGACGAUUUACUCGUCCACGAGAGAGCACUGCCGCCCAGUGGGUUAAAUAGGUGUCUGUAUAAGAGAGGUGUCUGUACAGAGGGAUUGGACUGUAUUUCAUUUUUUUUUGUUAGAUGCUAACAGUUAAUUGUAUAUUUGGUUGAUGCAGAUUGGUGAAUGUUUAUUUUCAGGAAAUCUAUGAGUACACAUCAGAAGAUCUGGUUGACUUGGGUGAAAUUGGGAGGGGAAACUUUGGUUCCGUGAACAAAAUGCUUCACAGACAAAGUCAGACAAAAAUGGCCGUAAAGGUAUUAAUACUGGGCAUAUAGUCAAUCGAAUAAGAAGGUUAGGAAACUCGAUGCUGACAUAAUAAACCUCAUUAUCUAUGUUUUUGUCUUGUUUUAUGCAAGGAAUGGUCGGUUCAUCGUCACAUGUGUAUUGUUUUUUCGCUCAACCAACCAGUAGCAGUGUGUUGCUUUAAUUACCCAGUCGUGAUAUUACACAAUGGUUAAAUAAAACCAUAGCUAUUGGUUGCUCUAGCAAAAAUACAAUCACAUGUGACCAAGACAAAAACAUAUAGAUGAUGAGGUCUAUUAUGUCUGCUUCGAGUUUCCGAACCGUCUUAUUUUAUUGACCAUGAACUGGGUUAAACCCUUUUUCUUUGGCAGGAUGGCUUAAAUACUGGGGUUUGAGGCAGGGCCUAUUAGAGAAUGGGGCAAGCUACCCUGACAGGCCAGUGGUGACAGUCUUUGAAAUCACAAACACGAGGCUUUAUUGACUGCCAUUCUUGAUUUCAAGCAAGAACACUUGAUGCCUUCACCUGCCAUCUGUAAUGUCUCGAUUGACUCCUGGUUGAUGUAUAUGUUGUCAAAAACGUUUUAUGUUUUUAAUGAAAUUUUAGAGAAUACAUUCAACUGUUGAUGAAAAAGAACAGAAACAACUUUUAAUGGAUUUAGAAGUUGUCAUGAAAAGCAGUGAAUGUCGGUACAUUGUGAAGUUUUAUGGAGCUUUAUUUACUGAGGUGCGUCAUUAAUACAAAUUUCUCAAACUAAAAAUGCGUCCGGAACACGUUCUUGACUGUGUUGUUCCUAACCUUUCCAACGUGCAAAUAUAGAUCGCUUUUUGAUAAUUACGUCAUUUGGCCGCGAGGAGCCUCUCUCUCAUGAACCCUGAGCCAAUCACCUUGCGUAAUUUACUAAUGAGAACGAGGCUCCAAGACCAAAAAGUAUAUGUGAUGUAAUUAUCGAAAGGGUGUAUUGAUCGUUAUACAGGGUGUAUAAAAAAAAACGCAACCUCGGAAUUUCCCAAGAAAUCGACAUUGUUUUAAAGACAAAAGAUUUUAGGCGCCUGGGAAUUUAAAAUAGCACAACUGUCAAAAUUACUGCACACGCGAGUGCAUAAAGCAAAAUUUAUGCAUUUAUUUAAUGCACAACAACAGUAAUAUGAUCUAUUAGCAAUUGGAUUUCAAUUCCCAGGGGCCUAAAAUCUUUUAUGCUUAAGAAUUGCAAAGUGAUUUCUUAGGAAAUUCGGAGGUUGCGUUAUAGAAAAUUCACAUAUCAUAUCACAUAUGAAAUUUAGAAUUUUCACUUCUAUAAAAUUUAAGUUUUACACAUUUUUUCACAAAUGAAAAGUAAUUUCACACAUGAAAUUAUUCAACAUGUAAAUUGGAACAUUUCACAUGUGACAAUGCGUUUUCACAAUAUGUGAAAUUGUGUGUGAAAUUUUCUUACGUGUUCAGUGAUUUCUGCGCAGUGCUGUAAUUUUUUACUUGAUAUCCAGGGUGACGCAUGGAUCUGUAUGGAACUGAUGGAAACAUCGCUGGAUAUAUUAUAUAAAUUAGUCUAUGGCAAAUUAGGACAAGCAAUCCCAGAAGAUAUUCUAGGAGUUGUAGCAUUAGCAGUGAGUAUAUUAUUCCCCAUCUUGAAUGGUUUGUGCCAGUUACCAAUAAUACCUGAGAACUUCUCCUUGUAUUUUUCAGGUAGUUGUAUCCCUAUCAAUCCAAAACUUUCUUAUAUUUCCCCACAUUCACCCACUGAGCAGAGCUUGAAAUAAUAUUCAAAGAUUGUCCGGAAAAAAGUCCGAUGAAAAUAAAAUUUGAUCGGAAACUUUCAAAUUUGGUCGGACAUUUUUUCUAUUCAAUUUUGACUCCCAGCGCCCAUGACCCAUUUGUGGUAAAUUAAGUCAAUAAAUAAUACUUUAUGGGCCUUUAUGCCAAACACCACUAGAUAUGGUAUAUACAGUAUAGUUAAAAUGCUUUCUAAAUUUAACGAUUGUGUAUUUUGUGCAAGAUGAUCAGAGACAGCUUAAUGGUUAAUUGGUCAAUUAACCUAUUGGUUAAUAGGUUAAUUCUAUUUGGUUAACCUAUUCUUUCAAGAAAACUGACCGCUAUUUUUUGUCCGGACAAAAUGUCCGAUCAAAGCAGCAUUUGAUUGGACAACACACUUGGUUUUUGUCACUUGCCUUUUUCAAGAAUAAGAAACGAUUAAGGACAAUGCAUUGCAGAUUGUCUUCCUUUAUUAUUUUACUUUGUUUAAUGGUAACGGUUCAACUUCUAUUUUUUUAGGUUGUCAAAGCGCUGGAUUAUUUAAAGUCGAACCUAAAUAUAAUACAUAGAGGUAGGCUGUGAUAAAUGCAAUUUUUCUUUUCGAAUUUUUCAUCCAAUGUUCAUCUAAACUUAACCAAAAUUAAAUCAAUUUCUCCUUGGGCAGUUCCCAUUUGUACGUCUCACAAAUUGUCGUAUUAAUACGUUUGAUAUUUCUUAAUAUGGGGUGAGGAAUUCGGCUUCCACGAAUGUUUUUUCGGCCGUCUGUUUGUGCUGGAUUUUGGUCAGCUCCUAAUUUGAAUCAUUUUCAAUAGACCUGAUGCAUAAUGACGUAACAAGGCUUGAUGCCCGCGGGGAAUGCUGGUCUUAGUAGUCAUCGCCCGGGAAAAUUUCCAUAGUGCACAUUUUGAAUUGUUUAAUUUUUGAUGACUACUAAGACCAGUAUUCCUCGCGGGCAUCAAGCCUUGUGACGUCAUUAUGCAUAACGUCUAUUUCCAUUCCCACAGACGUGAAACCUUCUAAUAUAUUGCUUGAUCUGAGUGGAAAUAUCAAGUUGUGUGAUUUUGGAAUCAGUGGACAUUUGGUGGACUCCAUUGCGAAAACUAGAGAUGCCGGGUGCAAACCUUAUAUGGCUGUGAGUAUAAAUCAACUUUCGCUCUAUCACUUCAAAACUGUUCAGUAUCCCUAAAAGCUUCAGAAACUGUUAUCCCUUAUUGAUCCAGUGUUGCUAAAAGGGUUCCAGGUUCGAAGGUGCGCACCCAUAGAAAUAUUAGUGCCUACGGUAUACCGUAUUUACAAACAGCAUUGACACUCAAGGGAAGCUCAGCUUGAACUUCCACUCUUUGAAUGUGAGCGUGAGUGAGCUUUUAGAAUACAGGCAUAAGACUCCCUCAUGCACUACCCCAUAGAAAACCUACACCCCUCCUUGCAAAUGAGGCUAGAUCUGCCUCUAGAUUCGGUUCCUGCCAGAGGACCUAUAGUUGCAUUUUUCACAACUGUUCCUGGUUAGGUCUAAUAAAUGUAUAAAAUUUACACUCGAAAUUACCAUCUAUAAAAACCCUUCAAAAUCCUGACAUUUAAUUGGCCUGACAAACCUGGUAAGGAUUUCCGUCCAAUUUACAGUGCUUGCAUUUAUUGCCUUUUAGCCUGAAAGAAUCGACCCAGACUCGUUAAGAAAUGGAUACGAUGUUAGAUCUGAUGUCUGGAGUUUCGGUUUGACUAUGGUAAAGUUAAUUGGAAAUCUGAAUUAUUCUGAAAACGUCAGAAUUGUUCUGAAAUCUUCAGUAUUAUUCUGAAAUCUUCAGAAUUAUUCUGAAAUGAUAAAGCUACUAGUAGGCGGCUGUGGGCAGCGAUCUAGGGAGUCGUAGACAUAAGUGUAUAUUGAUCAGAUAGCAACACAAAUGAGCUCUAUAACCAAAUUAUAAUGCAUCACUACUUUCAUUCUUCAACAAGAUAUAACUUCAAGACUUAAGAUGGCAAUUAACUAAAUCAGUUUUAAGAAAUAGUGCGUCGUUUUCGAAAAUAAACCAGGCCAAAAAGUAGAGCAGGUUGAGGAAAUAUAACUUUGUUUGAAAGAGUGGAGUUAAGAGUGGAGGAAGGAGAGCAGAAUUGAUAUUACACUAUGUUCUAUUUUUUAGAUUGAACUCGCAACUGGCAAGUUUCCCUAUCCGAAAUGGACGUCUGUAUUUGACCAACUCACUGCUGUUGUGAUGGGCAACCCACCUCAGUUAUCCAAUGACGAUCCCUCGAGGAACCCUUUUACCCCCGAGUUCAUGGAUUUUGUGAACACUUGGUAGGAUUUUUCUAAUAGUAAUGAACCCUUAGGAAACGCAUGAUAUAGUUAUGGACAUAAUCUUAGGCUUGCACCGCUGAGACUAUUUAUUAAUGGAAGAUAAUUUUACUCGUCAAGGAAACCAGCACUUGUCGUAUUGUGGUCGGUUGAAUCCUUGGUCGGACCUUUACUCAAGGUCUUAAAAUAAUUGAGGAGGAAGUGCUACCAGCACAUUGACAUCAGUAAAUGGUUAGACUUUCGCAUCUUCUUGGAUAUUAGUUACGUUUCAAUCGUAGGUACUUCGGAUCUCCUAUAUCAUUUGGGAAACAGUCUUUUGGGAUUAGACUGAAUCUGCACCGAACGUGCUGAGGUCUUUAGAAUGGGUUUUAAAGCAUUGCUUUCGUAGUGCUUACAUAGUUUGUUUUUUGUUGUAUUUUAAUUUAGUGUAACUAAAGAUGUCUCAAAGAGGCCCAAGUACAAACGACUGUUGGUAGGUUACCAUGUAGUAUAUUUCCUGGAACUUAUAUGUAGGUGGUGAUAUCUAAAUACUGUUACAAUAUCGUUUCUAGGAAUUUCCAUUUCUCCAAAGAUAUGAACAGGAAGAAGUAGAAGUGGACGUUUGCAGCUGGGUUAAGCAAAUUUUGAAUGAUAGACCACGAGAAAUAUAUGAAAGUCAUUUCUAGACUCAGCCGUUGAAUUAGAACGAAUCAAAAAUAUUUAUAAACAUUAUAAUUGCCUUGUUAAUAUUUACUAGAUCUUAUAUGUAAAUUUAAUUAAAAUUGCGUGUAUAUAUGUUAUAUUUAAGUUGUACAGCAAAAUAUCAAGAUGAAUAAUUGUCUUGCAUAUAUGAUGUUAAAUCACAUAUAGUUACUGAACUAAACUAAACUUCGUUUAUACUGGAUAGCUCUAUCAGUUCUAAGAGACGCAUUCGUCCUAGAGGUCCAGUAAGAGCCGUCUUUUGUUGAUACAGUUUGAACCUAAACUUUACAGUGUUCUGCCUAAACUGAG